ACAUUAUAAUUAGUAACUUGUUUUCCCAUGCUAUGUAUAAUAUAAUUAUGGAUGGUCAGGUAUAAUACAAUAAUAACUGCAUUAUACACUUUAAAAUAGAGUAUAACUUAAUUUGUUGUAUUAAGACAUCUUUUGACCAGCAUAAUCUUAUAUAUUAUAAUAUUUAAUAGUAAUGUAUUAGGUAGGUAACUAUUAAUAUAUUUUACAACUUUUUCUCAAACAUUUCGAAAAAAUCAUUUUAUACUUGUAGUAAUACACAAUAUUUACAUAUGUUUAAAUACCAAACUAUAUUAAGCCCUCUAGACCAAUUUGAAAUAAGAAACUUAUUUAGCAUAGAUACACCAUUAUUAGCAAAUAUGAACUUAUCUAUUACUAAUAUAGGGUUAUACAUGACUAUAGCAGCUUUCAUAUCUUUCUAUUUUAGUAUUUUAGCAACUAACCACUCAAAAAUUACUCCAAACAAAUGAUCUUUAAGUCAAGAAACAUUAUAUGCUACUAUCCAUAGCAUUGUUGUAAACCAAAUUAACAAUAAAAAUGGUCAAGUUUACUUUCCAUUUAUGUAUGCUUUAUUUAUUUUUAUUUUAAUAAAUAAUCUUAUAGGAAUGGUAC